CAGAUAUGUACGUGAAGACUAUCUCCAUUCGCCGUUAUUGAACUGCCACCGUGAAGAAUCUCUCCCUUUCCAAGCUCAAAAUCCCUCACGGCGACCUUCCGAGCCAAAGAGAAGCUUGUCGCUCAUUCCAACUGUACCGUAUCAAACAAAAGAUCAUUUGUAUCAUCAAGCACAGAUAUACCCUUUUGGUUGUAUGGUGACGGUGACAGCGAGUACAACCCCAACAAACGAGGCUAUUUACAGCCAUCAUCGGACUCUAGGAGCUCCCUCUCUGAAAAUACAGACAGACCCUCCAACACCGCCGAGACGGUAUACAGCAAACCUGACGGAAGCAAACCGCAAGGCCAACCACUUCAGAGACCAGACGCUGGGCAGCAAGGGCAUGACAUACUGUCGACAUUAACAAGUUCAACGAGCCAUAGUUUAACCAUGGCCGCGACAGUUUCGAGCUAUCUCUCAAACGGCUUUCCAAAGCCCGGAGGCAACAAUCAUCACCAAGCUCACCGAUCCACCAGCUACGGGGCAUACACAAAUGGAUCGCACGCAGCACACCAAACCACGAUGCGGUCUUUCCGUAAAGAGACGACGAAUACAUCCAGCGGAAGCGGCUCAGCCAAGAUGGCAGAGACCGUCAAUGUAUUGAAGCGUCGCUGCGCAGACGAGUUGGGGGCCGCCAUCUCGAAGGGGAUCGUAAGCUCCUACCCAACUCUGAUUGAAAAGAUCAGCAAAGAAAGACUUCACAGGCUUCCGACCGAAGGAAGCGCCUGGGACAAAGUGCUUGCCUGGGCCCAGUCCUUUGCCGAGAAGUUCUAUGACUUCGACCAAGCCAUUGAACAAUUCACGGGAGGCAACUAUGACGGCGCCGAGAUCGCCUUUGGCUACUGCAUCUUGUUGCUGGAUCUCGGUGACGAGAAUGCUGCUGCGCUUCAGGCGUCCUUUGGGUUCUUCUUCAAAUGCUCUCUGGACCUGAUUGCGUUGCUUGACCGAGUCGAGCUGUUCAAUGCUUCCUUCGAUAUCAAUGAGCAACUUGUCCUUGCAUAUGCGGACUUGGUGACUCUCGUGUCUGAUGUCUCUCUCAAGUUCUAUCAGGCCAUCAGGUCCUCAGCUGAAUCAGAUGAAGCCAUUGACAUCUACAGCGACUUCAGCAACACCAUUGAAAGUUUCCAAAGUCGACGCGACAAAAUUGUCGAGUCAAUGUGGAAAUAUCAGCUCUCCCAGGAGAAUGUCGACAUGGACAACCUGGUUGCUUUCAGGAGCUUGCGUUCGUGGCUUUCCAUUCAAGACAGUAUCUUGAAAUACAAAUGGGGAGAUCACACCAUGCUCGUAAAUGAUCGUCAGCAGCUGACUUGUCUGUGGGCACAGCCCUAUCUGACCAGAUUCCUGAACAGUGGCAAGAAAUCACUCGCCAUUACUGGCCCUCCAGGAUCUGGAAAGACCGUUCUCGCGGGGACCAUCGUUGAUACUGUGCAACGCAUUCACUCCAAGAACUCGUACACUGUCCUCUUCGUUCCAAUCAACGGCCGAACGAAGGUACAGGCAUCAAGCUUGCACGUUGUUCAGCGUCUCUUGUCGCAAUUUCUUGAAACACGUGUUGGAAAUGUGGAAUCCUAUAAGAUUCUAUCCGAAGCGUAUGCGAGUUCACACGAAGCACAUGACCUUGCGGCGUAUGAGUCCAUCCUUUGGACUGCACUUGGGAAAGUGAUUGCAUCGACACAUUCCCAGGCGAAGGAGACCCUUAUCAUUGUCGAUGGGCUCGAUGAGGUAUCCAGUGACGUAAAAGUCGCUCAAAAGCUGCACAAACAUCUCCUCGACACAACAUCAAUGCACGAAAAGGUGAAGCUCAUUACUCUUUCUCAGCCAACCGCGUUGGCAUCGAAGGCGCCAAAUGACGUUGACAUCUCGUACGAUCUUAUCUAUGAUGAUGUAUCAGCGGUAGUGUCAGGCCUCCUUCAUAGCCAUCAUUACUUGCAGAACACUCCAAGGCUGGAUCAAGAUGUUCUCAUUCAUCAGAUCGUGGAAGCUUCAAAGAGUAACUUCCUGUGGGCAAAGUUACUCACCAAGUCCCUGCUCAGAGAGCAGUCUGGAGAGAAGUUCCUCAAGGCUGCUGCAGCGAUAAGCAAGAGCUCGAAGCCGCUUCAGGAAGGCAUUCGUGAUUUGCUCAUCAGUGCAAAUCUUUCCGAGGAAGGCAAACAGCUUUUGACUUGGCUCUCAAUCUCUCAACGACCAAUGACUAUUGAGGAGCUAUCGUUGCUUUAUGCAAUCGAUCUGAAGGCAGGCACCAUCAGUGACCGGCAGAUCCAGCCUUUACAUGCUUUGAAGCCAGUUGCUGCCUUGGUCUCUCUCGAAGAUGGUCUUUUGUAUCUGCGUCACUCUAUUAUCAAAAGCGUGGUGUCAGAAUACUUUGAACUCAGCAAGCAACCAUCCUUUGAGCUGGUACAGAGACUCCUGCUUUACCUGAAGCUCAGCGUCAAGGAAAACAAAGAGCCAUCCUUCUCGUCUUUGACAUCUGGCCAAAUCCAUCAAAUCUUCGACCAGGCUCCCCUUGCUGAGUAUGCCACAAGGUAUUGGCUGAUCCAUUACCUUGACAUGCACCCGCAAACUCGAAACAAUACCGCAGAGUUGAAGAAAGCUCUUCUUCCGGUCCUUCCCACCUUGGCAACGGUGCCUCUACUUGAAAAGGCCGUCUGGACCUGGGAGCCCGCCACACUCCAAGAAACAUGGCACACUACCUCGCUAGAUAUACGCCGGAAGGUUCUCAACGCGAACAAUCAAGUCGUCCUACAAACUCUGAUUGUCCUCGCAACCAUCUUGACUGAGAAGAACCACUUCAAGUCCGCUGGUGACUACUUCUACUCAGCUACUCAGCUCACGGCAAGCAUUUUCUCAAUCACCCAUCCAUUGUAUAGUCGCUGUGCAACUCAAUUUUUGGACGUUACAAGCACCCUGACAAUUACCACCCGAAAUGAAGUUGUUUCACGCAGAGAAGAGAUCAUUACUACUCUCAUCAAAAGCUACACCACACAAUACGGAUCGAGUUCUGAGGUGGUGCUGAAGUACAAAUCUCAACUCAUUGAACUUUACAGAUCAAUAAAAGAAGAGUCUAAGGCAGUUGAGAUCGAGAAGACAAUAUACACACAAGGUACCCAAAGCACUGAGGAGACUGGCACCAUCAAACGUACCGGAUCUCUAGGUGUUCGGGUUGUCUCGCGUCGUGGCAAAGACUCGGAGUAUGAAAGCUGGGACUGGGACGAAGAGCAAGAUCACGCGCUUAUUCGUGCAGAAAGCCACAAGCAUAUUGAUGAGCUCUUUCAUGUAGCUCAGAGCUACACUACAAAGGGGCUCAUGGCCAAAGCUGAGCAUGCAUACAUCGAAGCAUGGCAUCACCUAUCCAUUCAAAGCCAUACUGGUGAUUCAAUGAGCUUGGUUCGCAAAAGGAUCGACUUUGCCACCAAGUACGCUAGCUUCCUCGAGUCGACCAAACGCUCCACUGAGGCAUCGGCGUUAUUAGUUGGACUUUGGGAGGAGUAUCAGUCAACCUCAGUAGCGCGCUCACAGGAAAUCAGCUCGCGACUGUUUGAGGUUGGUAAGAUCUUGAAGACUGUGGGCGUAACUUCAGUGGCGCUGGACAUCUUCAAGCACCACUCAUCUGUUACCAAGGCCUACUCCAAGGUCGAGAGCUCAUCUUACAAGGAAGUGGAGGAGCAAGUACAGUCGACUCAACGAGAGAUCCUCAAGCAGGCAUCUUCCUCGUCGAGCUCUGAAACACAUAUCAGCCAGUCUAUGGUCACCGAGAUCAUAACUAGCAUUGAGACUUCGCAGUCAACACAGCUAGACGUGACCUCUACGUCGGCAGUCAAGCAGGUGGUUUAUGCCUACAUGGGACAAAAGCGGUGGAAGGAGGCCACGUCCACCAUCAAAGAAGUGCUUCGAAUCUUCUGGGCAAGCUUCCUGUCUGCUUCGAUCGAGGAUGUUGGCCAACCAGUCAGCAAUCCUGAGUUUGCCCUAGAACUUGCUGAUCAACUCAUCGUUGCUUACGAAGCACGUCUGCGCUUCAACAAGGCGCAGGACCUCCGAGAACGACUCUACUAUGGCGUCAGGGCGACACGCAAGGUUGAUGAUAGCAUUGUAAAGCACAACCUUGCUCACCUGCUCAGACUCUUUGACCAGAACAGAUCUCGAAGCAAGACAGUCCAACUUCACCAGGAACUCCUGGAGGACUACAAGAAGUUCUACGGACCAGGCGAUGCUCAAGUGAUCAAGACAUUGUGGACCCUCGCUCAGCUCACAAACCCCGAACCCAUCUCCAUUGGGUAUUACAGACAAAUUGUUGAUCUGUUGUCAAAGGGUUCGGAUACCUGUCAUCCUGAAGCACUAGAUGCUCUCAGUACCGUCGCCAAUCUGUAUUGGCUCGAGCGGCGCUAUCAAGAUGCCACGUGGGCAUAUUCGUUGCUUCUGAACACUUUUGUUCACAAAGGAAAAGAAUUGAAGCAAUUCCACAGCACCACGUUCGUAUCCACGAUAUAUGAUCGAUACGUGGAGAGCAUUCAAAGUUCACGAACGGAGUCCACCCUCGUUUACGAGAUUACGAAAAGAUAUCGUCAGGCAUGCAUCACAGUAUUCGGGACCGAACACAAGUUCACCCAAGAGGUCACCUUGAGCUUUGCACGCUUGUGCAGGGUAUCCAAACGCCACGAGACUGAGGCUGUGGCACUGUACGAGGAGCUUGCUGGCAACGCCAAAGCAACCGAGUACCAUGCCGAAGCCAGAGCCAGCUUGGAUGCCGUCUAUGAAAUGAGAGCAUUGGAGGCAGCUCGAAGCACCCACGUCACUGCGUCCAAGGAACAAGUUGAACGCGCGGUGACCGUUGUCCGCAAACGUAUGACGGAGACCAGAAGUCAUUACGGAUGGGCCCACGAAGAGUCGCUCGAGCAACUCAAGGAGGUGUCUCACCUCUACGCCAAACAGUCCAAGAAGAUCGAGGCCGUCAAGGAGCUGACCGAGUUCACCAGCCACGUCGUGACCAGCGAGACGAGCUCUACCCGACUCGUCAGUGCUGCGUCAGCUGUCGCCGCGAGCUUCAUUGCCGUCAGCGAGACACACCAAGGGCUGGAGCUUGCCGAGGAACUUCGUUGGCAACUGGUGACCAAGGACACCAGCAACUCCAAGAAGUACAAGCUCGACCUCGCAUCGGCCAGUCGCUCCAGCGCAAUUUACAUUGCACAACUGGAGCACAGUCUCAGGCAAGACUCGUUACAGUCGUUCAGUGAUAUUUACCUUUCCAUCUUGACCGAGAUUGUGUACUAUGAAGACUUCCAACGAUCAAUCCGUAGCAAUUCUUCGUUUGAAGAGGUCUACGGUAUCGCGGCCCGUCUCCACUCCUUUUUGAAGGAGCAGGGCCGUGCCACAUUGCUCGUGCACGUGCAGGAUGAGCUGGUGAGCUUCUUCCUCAGAUCUUCAGGUGAGAAGGCCAAGGUCGGAGACGUUGCGCAGGUCAAAAUCCUCGUCACGACACUCCUCGAAUACUUCGAGGUCCAUCAGAUAAAGUCGUUCCUCCUUUCUGUCCACCUCGCAAGUAUUGAAGCAGUAAGACGUUUCCUGAAGCGUGGGCAAGAAAAGCAGGCUUGCGAUCUGGCUCAGACUGCCUUCCGAUACAGUCAUGCCAACGGUUGGUACACCACACCUGGGGCGAUCAAGCAUGGCUUCGUCUUGGCGGCGACCCUCGCCGACAUUCACCAUCACAAGAAGACUCGUUAUGCCCAGAUCCAGAUUGCCAGUGAAAUUUUACGGCAGGUGUUGGAGUCUGCGAAGGUACAAAGACUCAACCUCACCGUCAUACCCCUGAAGGAGUUGAACACCAUCAUUACGAUCCUUGGCGAGCAGAAGGACUUUGUCACGCUAGAGUGGUUGCUGACCCGGCUGUGGGACGCUCGCGAAACCCACUCCGCCUGGGGACCGUCGGUUGUACUCACGCUCGGCCGCAGAUUGGUUCUUGUUCGCUUCCUGCUCAAACACCAUGAUCUCGCGCUGAACCUCGCUGCCGACAUUGCGUACAACUUGCGUCGCGUCUACGGUUCGUCGCACGUGGUCACGCUGGAGAUGAACAUUCUCCUGGGCCAGUUGCUCGUGAGUACCGGUCUGGCCUUGCAAGGUACCAAAGGGGCGGAAGAGAUUGCGCGCCGGUACUUCAAGCGUGCCGUCGGGGUGCACGAAAACGUCCUGCGGGCUUUGACCCUCGACCCCAUGGGUCUCAACGAGGACGACGACGUUACCGUCUUGUCGACCGAUCCUGAACCCGUGGACCUUGCGGCUUUGGGUCUGGACAAGGCAGCGUCCCAGGGGACGUACGCUCGUCGUCACAUGGUCCUCUUGAAAUUGGCGUUGGAACGCUUCGGUGACUACCCCAAGGGAUAUGCAGAGUACGAGCAGCUCAAUGCCGAUGCGUUCCGCACGUUCCCGGAGGACUUGCGUGGCGUGGAAGGCGUCGAGAAAUGGGACAUCAAAAAGUUUGGACACGGCAAGGCUGAGAGUGACGAAGGGGCUUUGGAUGUCAAUGUGAAGAAUUGGACAUUGACGCAGGACAAGAUCGAAACCAAUGGUCACACCAAUGGUGAGGCUAAUGGUGUCGACUGAUUGAGAUGGACUCGAUGAUUGAUAGAGCUGAUGUCGAGUGAGGCAGCUGGGCAAGUUGCAAAAAGGAGGAUGAGCAAUGCUUCGAGGGAGUUCUGCAGGAUGGGUAAGGUACUUGGGUAAUACGAUCGUUAUUUGUUCCUAUGACUGAAAAGUUACAAUAAUAUCCAAUCGCUUCA